AUGUUUCUUGUUAAAGUCCUUUUGGUUACAACUAUUGUUGCAACCCUAACCAGUGAUGUUUCGGCCAUCCACUGUUAUCAAUGUGCCUCCCUGGGUAAUAAGAAGUGUGGCGAACCAUUCGAGGCUGAGGACAACAUGAAAUACGAUUGCAAUAAAGCUGCCAUACCAAUCUAUCUGCAGACAUAUUUACCACUUGGCACCUUCAAUGCCACCGGUUGCAUGACACAAACUGUGGAAGCACCUCUCGGUGGUGGUACGCACAUAAUACGUUCCUGCUAUUUUGGUGAUACCAUCAACACGGACAAUGGCUGCAAGCUAGACCCGAAAAGCGCUGACUCUCUAGACUCGUGUUAUGUUUGCACAAAGGAUUGGUGUAAUGGUUCAUCGCCAAUGACUCAAUUGGGUGCUAGUAUUCUGGUGCUUUUGGCCUUGACUCAAAAAAUGUUCUAA